AUGCUCUUCCUUCUAAUAGCUUUUCUAUUCCCUUUGAACUCUUUCGGAGACAGAAAAAUUAAUAUUUUCAAUCGUUGCCCAUUCCCAGUUUGGCCAGGAAUUGUGGGUCCCGGGAACCCUGAAGGUGGCGGCUUCCGAUUGGGAAACGAGCAAAAUCGAAUAAUUUCUGUGGAAGAUGGCUGGGAAGGUGUAAUUUGGGGAAGGACGUUGUGUGAUUCUCGAAUGAGAUGUGCAACUGGAACUUGUGGGAACCGUGAACAAUGCAAUGGAACAAUCGGUAGAUUCCCAUUCACCGUUGCUGAAUUCAGUUUGAAUGAAUCAAAUGAUGAAGACGUGUAUUCAGUUUCCCUGAUCAAUGGAUACAAUGUACCAAUUUUGAUUGAUCCAUUUGGGGGCCAAGGAUGUCGUCGUGCUGGUGGAUGCGUUUCUGAUAUAAACGAUUUCUGUCCAGAGAGAAUGAGAAUUACAUCAAAUCGUAGAAGCGUUAAUAACAAUGUAGUCGGUUGUAGAUCACCAUGUGAUGCUUUGAGAUCUGAUAGAGAAUGUUGCCGUGGAAACUUUGAAACUCCGGAUAAAUGCUUCAGAAGUCAUGUGGCUCAAACAUUUAAAGAUGCUUGUCCAAGUGCUUACUCAUUUCUUUUUGACGAUGCGACAUCUUCAUUCGGUUGUCAGACAAAUGCUGAAUACUUGGUUCAAUUUUGUUGAUAAAAAUUAUUAUUUUUUUAGUUUGGAAAAUAAAAUCACUGCACCAAUAAAAGCA